CUAUAUGUCUGCAUGCAUACUUAAGCUCAGUGCACAUUCCUCUUGUCGAAAAGUUAAGAAGUAACAGAACCAUCACAGCUCCAUUGGUGUUGCGAAAAAGAUGGUCUCUUCAUCUCCUUGUAAAGUAGUUGUAGGCAUUCCUUUAGACGUGGAAGGUAGCGAGGAGCUACUGUCUUGGGCGAUUCAGCAUUUAGCUCAACCGAAUGACACUGUUAUUGCCCUGCAUGUUCUUGUAAUGAAGAGGAGGAAGACGGUGAAAACAUACCAGACGCAAACUCGUAGAGCCAAAGCCUUUGUUAUAUCAGUAUUAGGGGGAUUUGCCCAGACUUGCCAGUUUAAACAGGUAAAUUUAGAGGCUAAAGUGGCCUUCAGCUCUAGUAUUGGAAGAGGUUUAGUUGAAGAAGCUCAAGGCAUAUCCGCGGAUUAUAUUCUGAUUGGCAGCUCCAAAGAUAGCACAAAUAGAGCUCCCAAAGAAACAAGAAGAUACUGUUUUCAUAAUGCUCCUGAAGGGUGUUCACUGGUCUUGAUCGGAAGACGUGAACAGCCACGACAAAAAGUUGCCCCAGAACUCAUAUUCCACGAAGAUAUGCUAGAGAAGAGAGCAGAGUUUUCGCCAAAAACUGUGCUAAGUUCAUGUGAAGACAAAUCAUUGAGCACAGAAGAAGACACAUCUAGCAUCGGUGAAUCAAGCAUAACUGAAUCUCCUCUUUCUAAUUUAUCAAAAGAGCAGCCUAACAAUAAGAAGCAAAUGUCACCAUUCCAGCGAAUUUCCUCUUUCUUGCGCACUCCAUUUGCUUCGAGUGGGAGAAAGAGGAUUGAGGCUUUUGUAGACAAAGAAAAGCCACAGCCUUUAUUAAGGUGUUUUAGCUACGAGGAGAUUGCAAAAGCAACAAAUUCAUUCCACCCUGAGUAUCUUGUAGCAAUAGGAGGGUACUCGGAGGUCUAUAGAGGUGAUCUUGAUGAUGGAAAUACGAUAGCAGUGAAGAGAUUAGCGAAGGAUAAUAGUGAUCAGAACAAGGAGAAAGAGUUCCUUAUGGAGUUGGGAAUCAUUGGACAUGUUAAUCAUCCUAACACAGCUAGCUUAGUUGGGUGCUGCGUUGAAAAUGGUCUAUAUCUCAUCUUCAAUUUUUAUCCUAAUGGAACUUUGGCAUCUGCAUUGCAUGGGAAGGUUGGUCCAUCAUUAGAAUGGCCAGUCAGAUAUAAGAUCGCCCUUGGAAUCGCGAGGGGUCUGCAUUACCUUCACAAAUGUUGCAAGCACAGAAUCAUACACCGCGACAUUAAAGCCUCAAAUGUUCUUCUGGCUCCGGAUUAUGAACCACAGAUUUCUGAUUUUGGACUCGCGAAAUGGCUCCCUAGCAAAUGGACACACCAUGCUGUUAUUCCAAUAGAAGGCACAUUUGGAUACUUGGCUCCAGAGUACUUCAUGCAUGGUAUUGUUGAUGAAAAAACUGAUGUCUUUGCAUUUGGCAUUCUUCUUUUGGAGAUCAUAACGGGUCGAAAACCAGUGGAUUCGUCACAACAGAACAUCCUCCUCUGGGCAAAACCACUGAUGGAAUCUGGAAACGUUGAGGAACUAGCUGAUCCGAGCUUGGAACGUAAAUAUGACGUGAAUCAAAUGGACAGAUUAAUACUCACAGCUUCCUAUUGUGUAAGACAAUCUUCAAUAUGGCGCCCCUCCAUGGCUGAGGUUUUGCAGCUAUUAAUGUACGGUGAAGACUCGGAGGCCGCGGAGAACUGGAGAUUACCAAAGAUGAGAGCUGAAGAGAUGGAUGAUACUUGUUUGCUUUUUGGUUAUGAGCUUCCCUCAGAUAUAGUUUUCGAGGACAUUUUGUAAUUGCCUCUAGGCCAUUUGAGUUAUCAGUUUCUUAAUCUUAUUCAUCACAUAACAUAUAUUUUGAUGUGGUGGUAGAGCUCUUGUACCUCUUGCCGGAGGUCGGGAGUUCGACUGUGUAAUCAACUAGCAAAAAAAACAUAUAUGCAUGUUUCAAGCAUAGCUUAUGAGCAAGAGAAAACAGAGGAUUAGGCAGGCUACUUUUUAUUACCAGAAGAUCUGUAACCAAAGUCAUAUACUUAUAUUCAAAUUCAAGGAUUUUUAUUUUUUA